UAUAGGUACCUUCUAGAAGGCUAAGCUUAACUCCUCCGCCGAAGACGACCCCUCAACCAUCGGUAGACACAUACGCUAUCAUCUCCAUCUUAUUCAAUUCACAUUCGCUGACUCCUUUAAUUCUUUGUUCAAUAAACCACCAAAUAUCAUCCCAGCAUAUAAUCCCUUUUAAUCGUCAUCAGCCUGUGCCUUCAGUAUCCACAAGCAGCCACUCGGUCAUAGAGAAAUCUCGACACCCAAUAAUACAUAAACCCAGACCCUGAAAUUAGUACAUUCUGCAGCUACGGAGUAAGCCAAGUUCCGCAACUGCUACAGAAGCCGUACGAAUACGAAAUAAAUUUCUACCUGGGUGAUUCGGCGCCCAGCUUACGACUUUUAAUCACUUACGACUUUUAAUCACUUGCGCCUUCGUCAAAUCCAGUUAUUCUACUAUGCGAUGAUCAACGAAGAUGGAUUCUAUGACCCAUGACAAUAAUACUUUUAUGCCCCAGAUAUCGGUGCCCCCCUUGAUGAACCCCCCGCCUCAAAUAUUCGGGGCUUACAAUGCAGAAGGUUUACCGAUAUCUUCUAAAAUACCAGAUUUGACGGGUCCGCUUUUCAGUGAUGGAACCCUUCUCGAUGAAAGCAAUGAGGCGAAGCGGAGGAGGAUAGCGAGGGUUGGGCUCAAAUUUCUGCGAAGGAAUCUAGACAGGAAGCUGACGAUGGCAGGCUUGUGACAUGUGCCGGAAGAAGAAGAUCAAGUGCGAUGGGAAGUUACCGGCUUGUACGCAUUGCAUCAACUAUAAAACGGAAUGUAUUUUUACACAGGUCGAGAAGAAGAGAAACCCGCCAAAAGGGUGAGAAAUCUAGGUGGACGAGCAUUUAUUUCGGCCGCUGAUUUUUGAGUAGUGCGAAAUAUAUCGAGGGCCUCGAGAAUCGUCUAGGUCGCAUGGAAAGUUUGUUAAAGUUAUCUGGUUUGUCCCAUCAAUUCAGGCAUAUUCAGAUGUUCAAUGAUUGACGGAUAGUAUUUAAGGUCUCCUUAGCGAAGAAGAUGGUGGGCGAACGGACUUGGGUACGUUGGAGAAAAUAUUACAGGAAAAGAACCUUUCACGCAGAGCGUCUGCUGCCCCUGGUUCAAUUGCAACUUCGCCAGUGCAAAGUACUCCAGGUGGCCCCGUUGAUGUAAAUGGUUCGACCCCUCGGAGUACCAUAGCAUCCCCAGAACCAACCAGAGUCUCCGAGAAGCGUAAUAGUAAAGACGGUCGAAAUGGGGUGGGCGAGAAAAAAGAGGAGCCAGUAGAGGCGCUUUCAGAUAUGAUGUGCUCCUUAGUCACAAAUAACUGCGGAGAAACUCGAUAUAUAGGUAUGAAAUGUUGCUGGAUGAGAAGGACUUUGCUGACAAAUUUAGGAUCAUCUUCUGGAUUCUCCAUAUUCUCGCCUAAAGGUAUCUCAUGGGUCAACGAGAAGACAGGCGACUCAUCGUUUCAGGAAAUGAUUUCAUCCGCUUCUGUGGACGACAAUAAGAUGAUGUAUUGGAAAACAGAAGUUUUCUCGGAUUUGUUUGCACGUCCGGUAUGGAGGCGACUCCCUCCUAAAAACGAGUGCGUGUCUUUACUCAAGGACUUUUUCGAGAAUUUUAACUGCAUGUUUCCCCUUUUCCACCAACCUACGUUCAUGCAUCUAGUCGAUCGACAAUAUUCUAGUGACCCCUAUGAAGGCUCCGGGUGGUGGGCAAGUCUCAACUGUGCACUGGCCAUCGCUCAUCGUCUUCGUGUUAUGAGCCAUCUCGUGCCACAGGAGGAAGAUUCAAAAGCUUGGGGCUACCUUAAAAAUGCCAUGGGUGUUUUCACCGAGCUCACCAUGCGGAACACUGACUUACUCAGUGUACAAGCAUUGUUGGGAAUGGCUUUGUUUAUGCAGGGUACGCCUAAUCCCCAGCCUUCGUUCUUUCUUGUAGCAGCCGCUAUUCGUCUUUCACACAGCAUUGGGCUGCACAAACGCGGGUCUGGCUUCAACCUCAAUCCGGUGGAGAUUGAGCAACGCAAACGUGUAUUCUGGAUAGCAUACAUGCUAGACAAAGACAUCUGUCUGCGCUCAGGGAGACCUCCUGCACAGGACGACGAUGAUAUGAAUGUCGAACUACCUAGUGCCGACCCUGAAGAUAACAUUGGUAAUAUUCCUCUCGCCGAUGGGAAGGGAAAAGUUAACCUCUUCCGCUUAAUGUGUGAAUUUUCAACCAUCGAGAGCAAGGUAUACAAGCAGCUUUAUUCGACUAAAGCUUCAAAACAAUCUGAUGGGGAACUUCUAAACACCAUAGGGGAGCUCGAUUCUCAACUCGAAGAAUGGAAAGAUAGUAUCCCAGUCGACUUCCGUCCAGAGCACGAAAUCAAGGCUUCACAUACUCCACUAAUUCUUCACGUUGUCGUGCUUCAUUUCGCCUACUAUAAUUGCCUCACUACAAUUCAUCGAAUGUCUGUUCACCACGGAUACUGGACCAGCCGUCUUUCUAACUAUGCCAUCCAAGGACUGAAUGCUAGGCCUCUAAAUCCACGUGUUUUUUCUUCGGCCGCAUUGUGUGUGUCUGCUGCUCGCGCUUCCAUACAUCUCAUCAAAUAUGUACCUCAAGGCGACUUUGCUUGUGUCUGGUAAGUCAGAGUUGCACGUUACCCCAAUUAAAAGCUAAACAUAUUUAGGCUUAUUCUAUAUUUCCCCGUUUCUGCCCUUGUGACCCUCUUCGGCAAUAUUUUGCAAAAUCCUCAAGAUCCUCGGGCACGUUCCGACGUGCGUCUUAUGAACCUUGUUGUUAACUUUCUUUCUAUGUUGGGCACCGAGGAAGAAAAUGGGGGUGUAAAACGUAUGCUGGGGGUCUGCUCAGAGUUUGAGAGAAUAGCCAAAGUUGUUUUGGACAAAGCAGAAAAGGAAACAUCUACGAGGAGAAAGCGCAAGAGUCAUGAUGAUUCGGGUAAAUCAUCGCAUGUACCCAGGACUGGCCCACCACAGACUCCCAUGAGCCGUGCUCCUAAUUCCAUGCCUGGACCGUUUUCUCCUAACUCGACGAACCCUGUGAAUCUACAGAACGGCUUUAGUCCUCUGCAAGAUGCUUCUCCGAGCUCAAACUGGCAACCAGAUUUCGGUGCUUCUGGAAGCGAUUUCAUGGGACAAAAUACUGCGACACCGUUUGGAAGUGUUCAAGGUUUUACAAAUGAAAAUGAGUUCAACUCCCCACUAAAUCCAAAUGCUUUCCAACAACCUUUUGUCCCUCAGGAUCUCUGGCAGAUGCCAAUGACGCUGGAGUGGGACUGGGCAGAGAUGACGGGAGGCGUGUACCAAAGCUUUGAGAAUGGUAUCAUGGGUGACCCUAAUCUUCAUAUGAAUAAUAAUGCACAUCUACAAAAUCAAGGUGGGGGCUUGUAAGCUAUGAUUUGGCGUUCUCAUGGGGGAGGAAAAUUUGGAGGUAAAGGUGUUUAAUUAUAUUGGGCAUGUGAAGGGUUGGGAGAGGCACAGAUUAUGGACUCAUAAAGCAGUUGCUCUCAUGGUGAUUAUGGCGUCUCUCAAGGAGACUCAUCUAGCUUGGAGACAAAUAACUUUUGUUUUCCAAAAUUUCAGUGGGAAGGUGUAAACUUGGUACUCUCCUCCGAUUAUGUUGUGGCUUUCAAUAUGCCCAACCAAUGUAUUAAUGACUUACUAUGGAACAUUAUCACAAGAUGUACAAUAAUUUAAAUUACAAUAUUA